AUGGCAAGAACUACUAUGAUUACGACUACAACUACAAGUUCGACAAUAAUAGUACCACAUGGUAAAUCACCGAAUACUAUCUGUAGUGGAUUUAUUGAUAUAAAUGGCAUUUGGAAUAAUGGUUUUGUUUGUCCAGUGCAAAAUUUUAUUCAAUAUUUUUGUUGUGAAACAAAUACAUAUCAUUAUUGCUGUGCACUGGAUCAUUAUUUAUCAGAAAGAAAUUCUCAUAGUGAACAAACUUAUAUGUCUGGUCAAUAUCAACCAUCAAAUCAUAUUAUAAUUAAUGAAAAUUAUAAUAAUUCAUUUAUUAAUAGAUCUAAUAUUAUAGAUAAACAAUUUGAACAAUUUCAAAAAGUUUUUAUACCAAUUUUUUUACUUAGUUCAAGUAUUCUUUUUCUUAUUGGUAUAGCUAUAUGGUUUUGGUUAUAUAAACAUAAAGCAUUCUAUGCAAUGGAACGAGAUAAUUUUAAUAAAAAAAAUCAAACAUCAUCAAGAUCAUCGCAAUCAAUGUUUAAUAAUUUUUUAAACAAAAAGGAAAACAAUAUUCAUAUAAAUAUGAAACCCGACGUUCAACGAAUAUCAUAUCCAUCAACGGAAGUUUAA